UUUGGAAAGCUGCCUAUGGUCCUAAACCGGCGAUUUGUGUGAAAGUUUGUCGUCAAUGCAGCGGUGCGUCUUUUUUACAGUCCACUUGGAAGUUGGAAGAACCAAACAAAGAAGACGAUUGUGCUAACUGUUAACUCCAUCAACCUGGCCGGCGUUCGACAUUAUUGAGUUAUAUUCGGCUCGCGAAUGAAAUGCUGAGCUGCAGAAUCCAUAAUUUCGCUCCGUUGCACCCAAUUUCUGUCGGGACUUUGUACAAACACUUGUUGUCUCGGCCAACUUUAAUCCUUAAACCCAACAGAAAGUCCAUAGUCACCGCCGCCUCCACCUCAACAACUGGCAAUACUUCCAAUUUCCGAUUUCUCACUUCUUGCCAGAAGAAACAACUGAAUUCCUACAUCGCUUCUCUUCUACAAUGGAACCAGAAAAUGAAUCUUACGGCCGAGAGAGAAGAAAGCGAGAUCAUGGAAAGACACGUCGAGGACUCGCUUGCCAUGAUUGACCCGAUUCAAAAUUCCUACAUGUCUCGCUGCGGUGUUUCUUGUGAGAAUCUUAGGGUUGUCGAUGUGGGGAGUGGAGCGGGUCUCCCUGGACUUGUAUUAGCCAUUGCUUGCCCUGAUUGGAGAGUGACACUUUUGGAAUCUAUGAAUAAGCGUUGUCAAUUUUUGGAGCAUGUAGCUGAGAAGAAUAAUCUGUCAAAUGUGGAAGUUAUCAGAGAAAGGGCUGAGACAAUUUUUCCCUUCUACACACAAUGUAAAUUUGGAAUGUCACGUGGGGCAGAAUUUAGGGCAAAACCAGAACUUCAGAGAGUCAUUUGAUGUUGCAGUAGCCAGAGCUGUUGCAGAAAUGAGAAUUUUAGCUGAAUAUUGUAUUCCUCUUGUUCGAGUUGGUGGCUUGUUUGUUGCCGCAAAGGGUCAUGAUCCUCAGGAGGAAGUGAGAAGAGCAGAUACAGCAAUACAUUUGAUGGGUGCAACUCUAUUGCAAACUUGCUAUGUUGAUUCACACAGUAAGUAUGGGCAGAGAACUGCCAUCGUUUGUGUGAAAGGUGGUCCAACUCCAAAGAAAUAUCCCAGAGAUCCCGGAACUCCAGCGAAGUCACCUCUUUAACAACAGUUAUGAUUAAUUCUCACUUCUUAUGAGUUGUUCUCAUUUGAUCGACAUUCUACACAUAUAUGUUUGUAUGUAUCAAACGAAUGUGAUAAGUGGCUAUGUUACAGGUGAUCACCGAUGUGUAUGAUAGAACUUUUGCUAUGGGGAAAUUUUGAUACUCCCUCCAUCCCCUACACUUGUCUCGUUUUACCUUUUCGUCCGUCCUACUAAGUUUAUCUGAUAUCUCAUUUGGUAAUAUUUGGGUGGUUAUAAUUCAUUCUUAUAGUAUUCACACUUUAUCAAUCAAUUAAAUAUACCAACAAACAAACGACACAAUUUCACUUUUCUUAAUAACCGCACCAUUCUCUUUUGUCUCAACUCUCAACUAGUGAACUCAUGGGCGGAUCUAUGUUGGGGCAGGGGUGGGCUCCAGCCCAGCCCAAUUUAUUUUUAUUAUUAUAGGUAUAGGUUUAAUUUCCA